CAACAAUAAUAAUAAUGCUUUUUUGUACUUGUUAAAAAUCACUUUCAACGAUUUAUAUUAUUAUUAGGACUAUUUCUCACUAACCUAAAACACAAAAAAGUAAAACAAUUGUAAUGAAUGUAUACGCAGUCGGUUUACGAAGAUGGACUUUAUUUCAAAGUUUGGCCAUAAACAAACAUCUGUGAAGGUCAUAAAUAUAUGUAGUUGGCUAGUGUCGUCACGAGCGAAGCUCGUCGAUUAGAGGUUUGUUGGUAAAUAUAAAUGUUCUCACUUUUUUAAGCGUUUAAGUGAGUAACAGUCCAUAUAAGGUCAAGUAACAAUGUUCAAUAAUGCGAGGUGAUGUAAUGCAUAACUAAAAGAAUGACUCGCACUUGUGAGUUGGGGGAAGAAAUGGGGGGGACGACACACGUAUAUUUUUCUCGAUCAAUUUCAGCAUGACUGGAUAUUCUUUAAAAUCUGUUUUGCCGAAGCGGGCCAGCAGCGCGGGACUCUGAGGCGGGACUUCCUCUUCGGUGGAGGGCAGUAUAGUUUGCUUGUGUCUCGUCCUGUUUGCGCUGCAGCGUUUCGCGAGAGCGAGCGGCCUCUUGGCAAGCUUUGCGCGUUCCGCUCCCGCGACGCCGCCCAGACGCGCUCGGCCGUGUAAACACGCGCCGAAGAGAGACGCUCCGCCAGGCGCGGUGACGCAGCAGAUCCUUCGCGUUUCUCACGGCACCGUCAUCGGCCGAAGCGGGCCGUCGCUCUCCACCGGGCGGUGUGCCGGGAUCCGGGGAGCGGAGGGUCCGAUUUCUUCUGACCCUUCUAAAAUUAGGGGCUCGGGGCCUGACGCAAGAUCACAGAAAUGGACCUUCAGUAACAGCGGGAACACCGACGACUCAUGGAAACGCGCCUCACAACUUUAACGCUGUUGAUGAAAGGGUGUAUUUUUAUCCGGUGUUGUCAUCGUUCGGUAACACGGAGGCUUCCAGCAUACUGUAUAAAGGGAGGACUCGGAAAAUGCAGUUGUAUAGCAGCGCGUUAACGCAUUACCCCGGUUCCUCUCGAAAAGUUUCGGUAACUGUCACUUCCAGUGGCGGGAUCAAAUCGCCAGCGGAGGACUCAAGCUAUACCGACACCAAGGCUGUUAACGGAAGCGCCACAUCGCGCACAGAAGUCCCAGCCGAGAGGGAUCAGACGGACGCCAGCAUGCCAGCCUUUUCUUGCUACGAGGCUGCCUCGGUGAGGCCGGUUUUCUACACGUCCAAAGCGGAGAUCAUCAUCACACGGCCGGAUGGCGUGGAGAGGUCCGUCCCUGUUCACGUUAUGAAGGAUCUGCACCCGAACCGGGCUUCUGUAGAGCCGCAAAGACGUUCGUGUACAGAGAGGAACAUGGAUGAGUCGGAUACUGAACUGAUGUUCGGUCAUUUAGGACGUGUAACGUGUAGAGCGGAGGUUUCAGAAGAUAACGCUAAGACGAAGGAGAACAAAUCGCUAAUGUUUGAUAGCUCAGCAAAAAGGGACGAUUUUAGCCUGCACAAUCAGGAAGAGGUAUACAUGCCUAACAAUGUUACAACUCCACAAAGUGGUUCAAACAGAGUUGUGUCAAGGUGCAGUGGAGAACACUCUUCUGAAGCUGUCAUGCCAGUCGAAGACCAAGUUAACUCAAAACACCAGGAGCAAGAUGACGAGGAGUGCGAAGGCGUCGAGGAGCCCGUCUUUGAGCUGCGCAUUCUCCAGGAGCCCCCUUCAUCCGCGAGCAGGAGUGACCUCACCGAGAAGGUGACUCAGUACCUGGCAGAGGUGGAGAGACAGAACAAAUACCUCCAGGAGAGGAAGAAAUACCGCUUCCACAUCAUCCCUGACGGAAACUGCCUUUACCGCGCCGUGUCAAAGGCCGCGUACGGCGAGCAGUCGAUGCACAAGGACCUCCGCGAGCAGGCUGUGCACCACAUCGCCGACCACCUCGACGAGUUCAGCCCCAUCAUCGAGGGCGACGUCGGUGAGUUCCUGAUCAGUGCCGCGCAGGACGGCGCCUGGGCCGGCUACCCGGAGCUCCUCGCCAUGAGCCAGAUGCUUGAUGUCAACAUCCACCUGACCACCGGCGGGAGCCUGGAGAGCCCCACCGUGUCCACCAUGGUCCACUUCUUGGGCCAGGAGGACUCGACCAAGCCGGCCAUUUGGCUCAGCUGGCUGAGCAACGGACAUUACGACGCGCUGCUUGACCGGCGCCUGCCCAACCCGGAGUACGACAGCUGGUGCCGUCACACGCACGUCCAGCGGAAGCGGGACGAGGAGCUGGCCAAAUCCAUGGCCGCGUCCCUCUCUAGAAUGUACAUAGAGCAGAAUGGCCUUCAUUAAACCAGGCGACCAGACACACUGAUCCAGGAACAGCCUUUACCAUGGAAUACUGUACUGAUAUCUUAUACUGUAUUUUUUUAUCUGAUUGCACUUCUCUUUCCAUGUGUGUUCAAAAUGCCUUAAUUUAUUCUAGCCUUGUGCAAUUUUUCUAUCAAUGUAUUUAAGUGCAGCGCACAAGAAUUAGUAUGAUAGUUGGUUUGGUCUGCGUGAAUGUUGCCGGCUUGCCUUUGUACAUGCCUGCCUAAUGAUAAAUUCCUGCAGCUUUUCUUACCCUUUUCGUCUGUAAGAAUCGGACCUUGUCUCUUCCUUACUGGAAUGUGCGUCACUUACUGUCGUUGCCACUGGUCUCCUUUAGUGAUCUGCCUCUAUGGGGGUUUCUGCAGUCUGUGAUUUCUAUUUUUACAAUUGAUGAUUAGUUAUAAAAACAUUAGCUUGAUACAUUUGGCUUUGAAAAUAAAGUCUACAGUUUUUAAUCAAUCAUUUGCUCUGAUGUCCGUUCUUAUUUUUCAUGGUUUUUUUUUUUUUUUGGUCUCUCCUGUUUGGAGACAGUGUGGCAGCAAUAGAUUUGUUAAUAGCUGAAUUAUUAAUAAAAUAUAAAAGUUUGAUC